AUGUUGCUCCCACCCCUCAUCUCCAUCCUCCUAUACACACUGGCCGAUUCCAAACCGUUUGGCGAGCCAGCGGAGCAGGAAAAGCCAGCCAAAACAGUGCGUGAAGCUCAGGUCAGCGCCCAUCGCCACGAUGAGCUUGUAGAAGAAGAAGAAGGGGUCCUCAGAAGGCGUGCCGACGUCCCCGGGGUGGCAAUCGAAAGUCUUGAUUCGCCCAUUGAAAGGAUCGAAAUUCGAUUGAUUGAUGAAAAUGGAACCCAAUCACAUGCUGAUGAGGUGAUUGUGGUUGAUGAUCACGAAGAGAAAGAUGAAGGCAAAACAACACUGACGACAAUGAGCUCAGAAAGUUCAGCAACUGAAUCUCCGACUGAACCCCCGACAAGGGUCGCCGAGAAAGAACCGGAUUAUAAAAAGGUCGAAUACAUUAAAGCUCCAGAAGUUCGUAUUGAAGAAACUGUGCAACCUGAAACUGUUGAAGAAAUGGCAGAAAGCACUUCCACGACUAUGGAGAUGAUCACGGAAGUGCCGACUACACCUGAAGCUGAAGCCGCUGGCGUCGAACUUCGAAAUGAAGAUUUUAGCCCUACUCUCGCUUAUCCGUCCGUGCCGCCGCCACCAGCAGAAAUCGAUGAAUUGACAAAAGAUGUGGACAAGAUUCCGGUCCUGAAGACUAUUCCGGAAACUGAGGAAAAUGAGCCCGAACCUGUUGAAGAAUGCCUGACAAAUCGACUCUCACUUCCCGAAAAGGUUGUAGAGAAACUGGAGGAAAUGUCGAAUAACCUACGUAAGCGUAUCCAACGGCUAAACCGACAGCAACAACGCCAUUGCGUCGGCGGUUCGCAGGAUGAGCGAGACUCGCACAAACAUUGUCCACUAUGGCGCGACGAGAAAAUGGUGCACUACUAUCGUCUAAUGCGACUCAACUACUGCAGCGACGUCGACAAGUGGCCAAAUUCCAACCGCUUCAAGCGCACCUACGCCCAACAUUUUCAACUCUACGAAACGUUAUAUGCCUUUAACCAGCAG